AUGAACCUGACCUGGAGGGACAUGCAGCACCUGGUGGUGAGGACGUCCCGGCCCGGACACCUCAGCGCCGGAGACUGGAAGACCAACGGAGUGGGACGCAGAGUGAGUCAUUCGUAUGGUUACGGGCUCCUGGAUGCCGGCGCUAUGGUUGCUUUGGCACAGAACUGGACGACACUUGGGCCACAGCACCAGUGUGUUCACACCAUGCUCACAGAGCCGAGAGACAUCGGAAACAAGCUGGUGUUCAGCAAGAGUGUGGAUGCCUGCUGGGGACGGCCCGAGUAUGUCAGCUCUCUGGAACACACUCAGGCUCGCCUCACUCUCUCCCACAACCAGAGGGGAAAAUUGGCCAUUCAUCUCAUCAGCCCACUGGGCACACGCUCCACCCUGCUGUUCCCCAGGCCCAAUGACUUCUCCUCAGAGGGAUUCAACGACUGGGCCUUCAUGACCACCCACUCGUGGGACGAGGAUCCUCAAGGGGAAUGGACCCUGGAAAUUGAAAACGUAGCGGCUAACGGACGAGACUAUGGUGUGCUGAGUCAGUUCACCCUCAUCCUGUGGGGCACUGGACCCAGUGUCCUCAACCCCUCGUCGUCCAAUUUUCCUCGGCCAUCCAACAACAGCUGCAAGACCUUCGACGCCCAGCAGAUCUGCAUCG